AAAAAAACCUCCUCAGAUAUUAACGCCGACUAUCGAUCACACCCUCCCAAACUCUACACCCAGUCUCACCCGAUUAAAACCUCCCUCUUCCACUCUCUCUCUCUCACACACACGCAAAAUUGAAAAAUUCUCUCAACCACUCACACCUAUAUAUCGCAACCCAAAUCCCCACACUUUUUGGCCAUUUCAACCAACCCCUCCCUCUCUCUCAUAUCUGAAGCUAAAAAGGAACAAAAUUUGCAUUUGAGGCAAGUUGGGUUUGCUCCAAAAUGCAAGAAAGUUCAGUGCUUUCCGUAUCUCCAUUAUCUCCACCAAGCUUCAACAGCUACUCUUCGGAAAAGCUUUCAGAUAUCGCCGCCAGAGUCGUGGAGGAGCUUCGAAAAGAAUCUGAAUCCGACCCAGAUUCUGAUAUCUUCAACUGGGCUCCGAAAACUACACAACCUCAACCUCAACAACAACAAGAAGAAGACAAAGCAAAAGACAACAACAGCGACAAAGAGAAGCGUGAGUACAAGGAAGAAGAAGAAGAAGAAAAAGAAGAUGACGAUGAUGAUUUCGAGUUUGCUUUUGUUUGUAGAGAGCUAGACACGACAACAAUCUCUGCCGACGAGAUCUUCUCCAACGGUCAGAUAAGACCCACUUACCCAAUCUUCGACCAAAGCUUGCUUCUAUCUCUAUACGAUUCCCACAUCGAAAAAACAAACACCACCACCACCGCCACCACCACUACGAGACCAACAGCUAUCUCCACCACCAAAGCGCCGCCGUCGUCGUUUCGUCGUCCUCCUCUGAGAAAGCUCAUGAUCGAGGAGCAAGAACGAGAUCGUGACACGUCGUGCUCUUCCUCCGAAGCCGAUGACCUUGAAGGUGUCCCAGAUGGGAGCUACUGCGUUUGGACCCCACACAGUUCUUCUUCAUGCAAGAAGAGCCACUCAACUGGGUCGUCCUCGAAGAGAUGGAGAUUUCGGGACUUGCUUUACCGGAGCAACAGUGAUGGUAAGGACACUUUCGUCUUUUUGACACCGAGCAAGAAGGCUGAGAAGAUUCCUGUAAGAAACAACAGCACCAACAGCAACAGCAAUAGCAAUAGCAAUAGCAACAAGAAGAAGACUACUGUAGUUAAUAAGGUUGCAGAGGAGAAUAAGAGGAAGUCAUUCUUGCCUUACAGGAAGGACUUGGUGGGUUUUUUCACUAAUGCCAAUGGAGUCAGUAAGAGUCUGCAGCCAUUCUAAACACAGAAUUGAGAGGUGGGUUGGGUUGGUUUUUUGUCAAUUUCUCUGAGUGUUUAGUGGAGUAAUUUUUGUUAGCUAGCUAGGCCUUCCUAAUGAUUCAUUAGGAUUCUAAUUUUCAAUGGGUUUUUUUUUUUUUUUUUUUUGUG